GCGGCAGCAGCGCGCCUGCGCAGUGCAUCCAGGGGCUCGGCGGCGUUCGGUGCUGAAGUGGGGCGGAUGGCAGAAAAACAGCCGGCGAUGGACCUUUCACCGCAGGAUUCCCGCUUACCAUGUCGCUAAAUAAGCACCGGGACGUCGCGUUUAUCGCACCCGCCACCCCGGGGACACCGACGGCCCGACGCGAAGCGAUGCUGCAUCUUCAACGCUCCCUGUAGUCUCGAAUCCACAAAUGAGCCUUUCACCGACAUCCCAGGCAGCCUAGGAGGGGACGGCGAGUGAAACGCGAGAGGAGCAGGGGAGGCGAGGAGAGGAAGCGCUCGCGCCUCAGAGCCGCUCUCGUGUCCCAUUUUGUGCCGCUCCAUCAGGGAUGGUGAGACCAGUAACCCCUCUUCUUUCCAGCGAGCCGAUCAGAAGCCCAGACCAGCCGGUCACUCCGUAACCGCUCGCCAUGACCGCUCGGUCUGACCUGUUUGUAGGGAAUCACUAAUUCAUUCCCCGGAGUGUGAGCGGAGUGGAGAUGAGAAAAAGGCAGGCGGCGCACAUCGAGGCCCCCCCCCAGGCCCCCGGACAGCCCCGACCCAACACCUGCUGCCUCUGCUGGUGCGGCUGCUGCAAGUGUCUCUGGAACGAAGACAGGAUAGAGAGGAGUGAACGACAGACCUGCAAGAUGGACAGCAUUGAAGCUGUGGAAGAACAACAACCCAGUCUCGACGAGGUGCUGUCGUGGGCUCGGAGCUUCGAGAUGAUGCUGCGCUCGCUGGAGGGCCGGGAGGUCUUCCGGGAGUUCCUGCGCUCGGAGUACAGCGAGGACAACCUGCUCUUCUGGUUGGCCUGCGAGGAGCUGAAAAAGGAGACGGAUCCCGCGGUGGUGGAGGAGAAGUCCAGGAUCAUAUACGAAGACUACGUGUCCAUAUUGUCACCCAAAGAGGUGAGCCUGGACUCGCGGGUCCGAGAAGGAAUCAACCAGAACCUGGCGGAGCCCAGCAACCUGAUGUACGAGGAGGCCCAGUUCCAGAUCUACACCCUGAUGCACCGCGACUCCUUCCCACGUUUCCUCAACUCCUCCGUUUACAGAGACCUCCUGGCCAACAGGAGGCGCGCCUGCCUCGACCCCUAGACUCCCCCCGCUCAUCGCCAUCGUACGCCAACGGGACUACUACUUAAACUUCAAAAAUACUACUAUGGUGCCAGAAGUCGGGUUUGAAAAAAAAAUCUCUCCCUCUUUUUUGAUUGAAAAAACUGAAUGACAUCCAAGACGGCUGGUUGUUUUUGUUUUUUUAAUUUAUAUUUUUUAAGCAAUUUAUAUCCAGUUCUCGACUGGAGCCAGGUCGGCCUUUGCUGGUCGGGUUUUUUUUGGUCCAUUUAAGACCAUUAAUGCUGGCCAGUGAUUGUUUUGCUAGCAAUCUGUGCUGUUUGUUGACUGUGGAAGAGGACGCCUCAGUCCAUGGGAACAGAGAGAGAGAGAGAGACUGGAAUAUUUAGACCUCAUGCUUUCUUCUCUCAUGAAUAUUCUCGCCCCUUAUUUCAUAAGUCUGUCCCAUUCCUCAGAUGUGCACACGUUGGUUUUGAGCUUCUUUAACGCGUCCCGGUGGGAGUCGACGGCGUCGGCCCAUUUCGACCAGUAGAAGCACCGGCUCCGCAUGCGACUCUCUCUCUCUCUCUCUCUCUCUGCCAACAGUAGCAUGACGAUGUAAGCCGAGGACUGCAACCCCCUUUUUUGUGGAUAUGGAGAUGUGUGAGGACAGGGGGACCCCGUGAAGGGAAUAGUACACUUCUGCCACUUUGAAGCUUGCUGCCGUUUUUCUUUUGAAGAGAUCGGAUGGCUCCUGCAGAGAAGGCCGCGGCACCACCUCAUCCACCCUGUCCAUCCCCCCGUCCACCUGUCCACCCACCCGUCCCCCCCCCGUCCAAGCACUUUCCUUCUUUAGGAUUCUUUAACUGGGAGAAGUAAGGGCUAGAAUUGUGGUUGGGCAGCUACAUGUAUUAUUACUACCCAUGAACUUUAGACAAAUCUCUCCUAGCGAGGAAAUCACAAUGCCUUUACGUGUAACAAAAUGCGGCACAAGCGCUGCUGGAGGUUUUCUGGAAAGCAACAACAGUUUGUCCAACGAUCCCUGUCUCUUUUCCCCCGUCCCUCCAACUCAGACCAUCACAAGCACAGGUGCCCAACGUGGGGGGAGGAGGAGAGGGGGGAAACCCUGCCAACUCCAAAUAGUCAUCUACAUUUUGAAGUUAUUGCGUAGCAGAAGAGGGUUUCACCUUUUUUAGUGGUUUGUGAAUGGAUCCUAAUGGAAAGCUGGUUCCGGAUGCAGCAGGCACUGAUCUAAUUGAGAGGGGGGGGUUAAGAAGCCCCCUGGCUUGUGUCUGUGAGGCAUUAGCUUUUAGGAAUGUAAGCGACACGACGGCCCCCCCAAAGUCGGGACGUCCCGGGGGGCACGGGGCCAAAACAUGACGCUACGAGGGGAGAUCCGACGGGAGCCGUCACCAGGCUUCGCGGCGCAUGUGUGUUUCUCCAGCAGAUGGAGUUUGGCGGGUGUUUGGUGGUCCUUCAGUUAACUACUGCCCAUCAAAGACACUCUUUUUAUUUUAUUUUACCAGAGCUAGUGAAGAGGGUUGGUAUAAUAAUGCUAACCUGCUACAGGGCUAGGCUAGCCCCCCUCACACAAAGGCUAACGAGGCGUCAGCAUGCCUGAGCUCGCCACGCUAAGCCUCCGUCCCACUGCCGCCCCCAUCGCACACUCUAGUUUUUCUAAUUCCGACUUUGACAGCAUGCGGUGAUAACGGCCAUGGUACAUGGUAGGGGAGGGGAGACAUGUAAAAAAAAUAAAAAAUAAAAGGCGGGGGGGGGGGGUCUUGCCAAAUGUCCCACUAACAUUUUUUAAAAAUGUCAUGUCGUUUUUUUGACGACGUGAACAUUUGAAGUGGCCUGUGGAUGUGCAGUAGAAAGUGCAUGAAUGCAGUAUGUGCUGUUUUGUUUAAUUAACGGGACAUGACGGAUAGCCGGCCUCUGGUUUUGUGGCAGUAUUAAGCUGUCGAUGAAACCGUGCCGCUGCUCACUGAUGAACGGAAGCAUCCAUGUUGCCAUCUCCUUUAACUACCUGAAGUUCACGUGCCAAGUUUGGGUUGAGAUUAAAUUCAAGACUUGACGGUGCGAGAUGUCUAGCAAACUAUUGGUGGUGAUGGAUCGGAGUCUUUUCGAAGCUGUGUCCCACCGUGUUAGGUUAGUUUUGAAUUGUAAGAAGUUUAUCUUAUGAAUAACCAACUGCAACACCUUUAAGAAAAAGGAAAUUAUUUUAAUAACAAUGCAAUAGCAAGUUUUACACGAUGACUUCAAGUGCAACAACACAAUUAUUACGUUUAAUUUUCCUAGGAGUUUUCCUACAAACAUAUAUUCAGUCAGUGUUAAAAUGCUAACGUGAUGCCACAAAACCAGGCUUAUAUUAGUACUAAAGAUUGAACUAUUGGUUAUAAAUCGGUAAAAUUGACACUGUAACGUGAAGAAGUCUAAACCAAUAAUGACCUUUGUGAAAAUAUAUUAUAUUUAACCCACGGCAAUACAGCGCUCACACACAGACCACACUGAUACCCGUAAGGACUCGACUGAUACGCUUAGCCGCUGUGAUGAGGAGCUUUGCAUGCAUGCGCUCAGUUGAUCAGAGGCAUGAGAAUACAGCGUAAUCAAGCAAUUCUGAAUCCGACGGAUUUAGAUGUCGUAUUUGGACAACUUUAUAACCUCUUUGACACAGUAGAAGCCCAACGAGGCUCUCCUGCAGACAGGCCCCACCUUUGCACGGCUACUAACACCGGAAUGUUUCACCAACGUUAUGAAAUCAUGGUGCAAUUAAAGCAAGUUUACAUUUAUUAAUUGUGAGAUGUGUGUGUGUGUACCUCAUAACCACAGGGCGCUAACCGUCCCCAGUGUGCCCAGUGCUGCCUCCAGGAGCACUUUUACAGGGUUUACAGGGAGGGCAGACACAGCCGCACCCCGCAGAGAGGACAGCCGUCGGUCCUUUCCUCUCGAUUUAUUGUGACUUUUACACAGGGGGGGGGGGGGGGGAUACGCCGUUGUUGAUUUUUAAUAACUGCAUUACAAAUGUAGAUUUCACAAGCAAUGAUGUUGAUGAAGUGGAGUAGUGUCAUCGCUCAGAGUCUCCACGUGUUCCAAGUGGGCGGGUUUCUGAAACGUGGCUGUGGUUUUAUUGACUGAAUGAAGGUGGAGGAGCUGACGGGUCCUGAUGGGGCGGAGGAGGAUUGAGAAGCUUUGGCCUUACGGACACGUUUUUUUUUCUUCUUUUGUAUAAAAACAACAACAACAAACGUCUCUGUAGGCUUUUCACUACCUCUCAUGUUGGUUAAUUUAUUUCACAUCUAGUUGUCGAUGUAAAAGUUGUUUUUAGAUCUACUUGAAGCCUAACACUGUAAACAAAAACGUGCACAGAAAAAUGACCAUGUAUAUGAGCAGAGCGGUUAAAGAGAGCUUGGCCUGGUCGACAUUAUUUGUUUGUGUGUAUGUUUGGUUUCAAUUGUGCUGAGCUGAACUAGAUUUUGCAUCUCUUUAAAGAAUUCAGGAAUCCACUGUCUAAGGGCUAAUCCCAUUUUUGCCUAUGCAAAUAUGUUACUGUGGGGGGAGUUGGGAAAGGGCAAACUACCGUACCUUUCACCUGCUUUAGAUGGACCAUGGUUUACAAUGCCCUUUGCGGAUAUUCUUCAGUCUUAUUCAGCAAAAAUGUACGCUUAUUUUUGUUCCUAUAUAAAUUAUUUAGAUGUAUAUCUAUAUAUAGAGAGAGAGAUAUAGAUAUGACAAGUAAUAUACAGAGAGAAAUAGUAUAUGCCUUUGUGAUGAUAAAAAAGAAACAUUGCUGAAAACAAAUAAAUGUGUUGUUGUCUGACAUGUGGCUGUGUGCUGGAGUCUUGGUAAAAUUAUAUUAUAGACGACUGGAACUCAACUGACUGACUGUAAAGUUGACCGGCUGUCAUGCUGCACCACUUGUAGCUGACCCUGUGCAGAAUUUCGGUGGGGAAGGAGGGGAGUUAUUUUAUUUAAGAAUCAACUUCAUUGUGACUUCCCGUGAAAGAUUAUUGUUGUCCAGCCUCAGCCUGUGAGGCACAAACAUUGUGUAAAAGUAGAACAACGAGCCCAGUGAUGAACUCUGCGAAACGACCCACUAAUGUCAUUUUAAGGGCAGCAUCUGAGCAAAGUUGGAGCCCGUGCACUGUCCGUAUUGCACGCAUGUCGCAUCUGAAGAUCAGUAAUCCAUUAAUGAAAUUAAUAAUUAGAUCCGUAUUGUGUUUCAGUGGACACUGCACAGUUGUCUGUUUGGAUUUUAAAUUAAAUGUGAACAGCACCGCGUCGUCGGCAAACAGCAGCAUCGUAGUUUUCUAUUCUUCGACCUCUUGUUCUUUUUGUAGCCACAUCAGAAUCAGACUAUCACUGUGUUAAAUGAGUAGCGUUAAGCAGGAACACAUCAGAGAAAGUGGGCUGACUUUUUUUUCUUAAAACACUCAACUAAUGCAAGAAAAGUCAGUUAUUCGUAACUUGCGAGACCCUUCCCUCCCCGAGGGCCACUUUCAGCUUCUAGUAAAGGGUUGGUUUGGGUCUAAUACUUGUUUAUUUUAAUUUUUACAUAGAAGAUUACAAGUGAGUCGGGAAUGAGAAUCGGAGGGAUGACGUAGUGUAAAUGCUAAAGAAACAUUAUCAAGUGACCCGCUUUGUGCCCCUCAGUUGGAUUUGGUGCCUCUUUGAGCUCCACAACAGACCUCAAGAUCUCUCUUUCCGUUCCUCUUCUCCCCCCCCCAACCCGUGUCUUUCCGUCCGUCUCACCUUCUCUCGCUGUACCAUCUCACGUAAAACACAGCUCAACGCAGUCGGAUCAGAGACGUUGUCGUCAUACAACACAAGUGACACGGAUGUUUCCUAUUGACACCCUCGUACCGUCUCUUUUUCGUACGUCUCCCGGAGGUGUUUGUGCUCCUGUAGGAAAGAGAUUAUAUUUGUGCAGGUACCUAGUUGAAGUUGGUUUCAACAGUUUUAGGCAAUCACUUUUCUCUUUAUUGAUUUAGAUGCCUAAGCCUCUUGGUUCUUGUCAUGCCGUUGUAGUUGUCGAGAGAUGAUCGGCAGGUGACCAUAUAAAGAAUUUUACUGUCACUUUAUGCCAAUGAAAAGAAAAAGUGAAUUUUUUUCUAUUGAGCAUGCUUUUUGCUAAGUAAAUGAAAUAAUUCAGUUAUUUGCUAUAAACGAUACUGUAUGAGUAUGUAUUCCAGUACUGCAGUAUGCAGACAAUUAAAAAUAUCCGAAACUCUUUUGAGAGGUUCAUAUUUUUCUUUUAGUAUGUUUCACUAAUAGUGGCGGUGUUAAUUCUUGUUGCGAGUGAAUUUCUGGAAUAACAAAAUGACCCUCGUUGUAUUAACUACUAACCGAUGGUGCAUCCAAGGUCUCGUGAGUUGAGCUCUACUUUUUUACUAUUUUCUUCCCUGGUUGCUUGACAACUAUCGAUGACAACUGAGAUCCUAAUUGUUUAAUUCACAUCAAGACUGGUAGAAUAAUAUCCUUGUACAACGGCCAACAAGUGAAAUGUAUAAUUCACUGUUUUUCGAAUAUGACCUCAAGCUUUCCGGUUAGCGGUGUUGAGAUGAGAACGUGACAGUGUGCUGCCAACGGAUCCGAUCGGAGACGCAGAGCUCCCUCAGCUGUAGCUUUCAAAUUACUCUCCAGGAUUAUCAGUCCAACACUUGUCACAUCUAGCCUUGUUUUAUCUGUAAUUUAUGACAGAGGUGGUAGAAUUUCAACAUCACUGAGCAUUAAGUCAUUUGUUGGCUACAUUGUGAGAAACAUUGAUUGAUGUUGGCUGUGCAUGAUAAUACAAAACACGUGUGACUGUUGGCUGUGAGCACAGUAGAAUUAAGAUUAAAGACAUAUUUAUUUAAGUCUUGUCCAGAAAAUGUGGAUUUCUUUGUCCUUCACCAAUUUACAGUAGCUUUGUAGCAUUUUAAAAAACUGCUUAACAAGAGUAUGAUGAGAGGUUCCAACUUUCAUAUUUGUGUGCUAACUGUGAAGCUACAAGCAGCAGUCGGUUUUGGUAGCUAAUCUAGGACCAGCUAGCCGAGACCGCUUACGCGGCUCUGCCCAAAUCUAAAGCUCACUAAUUCAACUCUUUCGCUUAAUGCGUACAAAAAUAAACUUGUUCUGGUUGAAUGUGGGGUAAUGCGUCAUCUCAUAGCGGCUCGUGGAUUCGUUUUGCUUGGCUAAGCUACCCGCCUGCCGGCUUCAGCUUCAUAUUUACUCUCACGGACCCGCCUGAGGUUUCUCAUGUAACUCCCUACAAGGAAAUUCCUCCCAAGAAAUAUCCCCAAAAAACAUUUACGCUAUGUAAGAUAAGACAAGAUGAAAGGAAAGAAAGUGAAAACAAGUUAGAUUUUUAUUCCCACACUAGUAAAUGGAACUGCCCGAGAAAGUCCAGCAAUGUGUCUAUUGGGGAUAAAAUGUGCCAAAAUGUUAAUCCAAUUUUUGUCCAGCGGUCAUGAGAGUUGUCUGAAUAUAAAAUCUGUUGUUCUGUUAGACACAAGAUGUUCCUUACGAAACACGUUUUAUUUGUUUCUUCAAGUUCCUGUGUCAUCUCUCUGAAUCAUUCACAUAUAAUCUACUUUGUUGAAAUGUAACCAACAGACCUGAAGACUUUGUAAACUUUAUCAGACCCAAUGGAAAUGGUUACAAAAAUAAUCUGUUUAUUAUUUCUAACAUGUUUUAAUUUAUUUUUUAAUUCAUUUUAAUAACAGUUUUAUUUCAGUCAUUGUUUUUUAUUUCUUUCUAUCUCAAAACAAACUGUUCAUAAAGCUCUUGCACCACAUGAGUCACCGUCACAUUAACAGCGUGUUAUGUUGUGGUACAUUUUGAUCUACAGUUCAGUCUCUCUCUUUGUUUACACAGUGACAUCUUGCAUUAAGAGAAAAACACAAUUUAUGGUUACUGCCCUUGAAUAUCUGUAAUUUAAAUAGUGCUGCUAGAGAAAGAAAUCUAAAUGUAACAAUUUACAAUAAAUACUCAAUAGAUUUUUGCCAAA